UACUCAUCAUUGUCUUUAUAAUUAUACAUAAUAUAUAUUUAGCUUUUAAUAGUUUUGUAGCUUUGGAUACAGGCGUUGUAUCUAAAUCUGUAUCUAAAGCACACUUAUACCAUGUUAUUGCUGUAUGAUUGUUCAGCCACUGGGGGGCGCUGCUGGUCUUCAAUGUGCUCCACUAAAGCAAGUUUAAAAAGAGCGUCUGUGUGGCCGAGUGGAUGCUCUGAAGGUAUUUCAACACAUUCAGAUGUCUCUGCAGAGUAUUCUGCACGGUUUUUAGCCUUGCGGACAUCUAAAAGUUUUUUCGGGAAUAUCAAGAAGUAGACAUGCAGCCUCCUCCUCCAAGAAAGGUAAAAGUCACACAAGAGGUCAAACAAACUCACACAGAGCAGCUGAACAGACUACAAAUAAAACACCAGACAGACUGGGACUUUCUAGAAGAUCUGAGGACUUAUAGCCAAAAGAAAGCAUUGAUAGAGAAAGAUUACUCUCUGGCUCUACAUAAGCUUGCCUCUCAGUAUUUGAAGCGUGAGGGGUCCCCUUCAGAAGACCCGAGAGACUCCAGGAAGGUUUGGGCCGUAUGGAGGUCCUACCUGGAGGGUGUGAUGAAAGUGAGCCAGUCUCGUGUCAACGGAUGCGAGAACUACAGGAACCAAAUCUCAGAUCCUGUAAAAACUCUCAGAGCCCAGAAAGACCUGCAGCUGAAAAAGUGCUGUGAACAGCUGGCGAGAGCUCAGGCCGAUCUCCAGGGCACCAUCAGAGAUCUGACAAAAAGCAGAAAGACCUACCAGGAUGCUGAACAGACGGCACAGGCAGUAAGAGAAAAAGCCAGCAUGGAGGCCAAAUCUAAGCUCAGCCUGUUCCAGUCACGGUCCAGUUUGAAGAGAGCGAGUGUGAAGUUAAAAGCCAAGAAGAACGAAUGGAAGUCCAAAGCGACUCAAGCAAGGAAUGACUAUCUGCUCACGCUGGUGGCGGCUAACGCACAUCAGGACCGAUAUUAUCAGACAGAUCUGAUCAACUGCAUCAAGGUUCUCGAUGGCAGUUUCUAUCAUCACGUACAGAGUUUUCUGAUCUCUUUGUGUCAAAUGGAGCUUGAGACAUCUCAAAGCAUUCAGGACACUUUUCAGUGCCUCCUUGAGACGUCCAGUGGAGUGACCCAGAAUGUUAAUCAGCAGCUCUUCAUUCAGGAGAAUCCUGUGUUUCAGAGAUCCGCCCCUUUCCAGUACCAAGCCUGUGAAAAUGAUACGGUUACUGAGCUUCUAAUGGAGACUGGCACGGCCGAAGAGCACAGUUUGAAUAAAGAGGCACGGAAAUGGGCCACACGUUUGGCCAGAGAGCACAAGAACAUCGUCCUGACACAAAGGACUCUGACGGGUUACGAAGAAUCACAUCAGGAAGAUCAGAAUAACAACGAAUUGGAAGUAAAAAUGGACGAUGCAAGAGAAUACAUUCGUAAAUCAGAGACAGUGAAAUUGAAAGCAGAGGCUCGUUUGAAUUUGCUCAGAGGUGUGGGCGUGGCCGUAGAUGUCUGGCUGAAGAGUGCUAUGACCCAAGUAAUGGAGGAACUGGAGAAUGAGAAAUGGGCCAAUACCCAUGAUGCCUCGUUCUCUCACUCUGUAGAUUUCGACAGAGAAGAUGAGGAGGACACAGAGACGCCGGAUGACAACAGUUCCAGCCCCUCCAGUACUCACAGGAGCUACCCUCUUACCUGCUCUGUCCUCUACUCUUAUCAGGCGUCCCAGUCUGAUGAGCUCACCAUCCAGGAGAACGAUGUACUCGAGCUUAUUGAAGAUGGUGACAUGGAGGACUGGGUUAAGGCUAGGAAUGAAGCAGGGCAGGUGGGAUAUGUGCCGGAGAAAUACUUGCAGCUCCCGUCCUCCAACUCUCUAUUAAGAAUGCUCCAGUCUCUUUCCAGCAUGGACGGUCAGUCGCAGACCUCCGGCACCUCUACGGAUCAGGAUCCAGAGUUAGAAACGCUCACCCAGACCCAGAGCAGCCCGAACAGUCAAGCCAGCGCUCAUCUGGCCAGGGCUCUAUACGCCUAUGAAGCCCAAACCGAGGAUGAGUUGUCCUUUCCUGAAGGAGCUGUUCUUCGUAUCCUAAGCAAACACAACCAGGAAGAUGAUGGAUUUUGGGAGGGCGAAUUCAAUGGUGCGGUGGGUGUCUUUCCUGCAGUGUUAGUGGAGGACAUGUGUGGAUCAAAAUGUCCACGGACACACAGAAGCAUGAAUGUGCAGGUAUCUCCAACACUUCUGGAUCCUUCACCCUUUCUCUCUUGUAGCCCGGUGUCCCACUCCCUAUCACCGGUGACCAGCAUUCACAUAUUAAAUGGUUACCAAACCCCAGAACCCCCCAAAGUCACAAGCUACAGCCACACCCAUACCCCAUCACCCAGAUCUCCAGCAGAGGGUGGCUCAGGCACCCGGAGACACGUACGAGCUGCCCCUCCACCUCCGAAACAGCAGGCGCAGGGUCAGGUGCAGAAGAGGGAAGAAGUGGAGAUUACACUGGUGUAGCGCCGCCCUACAGGCAAAUGAAACAGGGUUGAUGCAAACAUGCGUGGAUGCACAAAUGCAUGAAUUGGAUUUAAUGGACACAACACAGUUUGAUGAAGAUAUGAAUACAUGAACCAUCACAGCUUAUACACUCCACCAUCUCGGUUUUCAGCUUUGAGAGAAAAAUUAAAAACAGUGGGUUUCAUUUACUAAUAAUUGUGUACAUUUUUCGUACAUUUGAACUUCUAACGGAAACUUUACGCCUAAUUCACAACACGUGCAUACAUUACGCACAUGGGAAGAGCAUUGUCAUGUAAUCCAACCAGUCUGGGUGAAGAGGCGUCCAUAGCCGUCGCUCACCUUUGUCCUGUGAUAGUUUUUACAGCAUCCCUCCUCCACCUAUCGCCUCAGCUAGUUAAUGUAUCCCAGUUAAAGAGGGGGUAUUCUUGGUUUGGGCUAAAUUCAUAUGCUUUAUCUCAUUCCCAUUUUUUACAUGCAAAUUUGUGAAUUUGUUGUUAGUGAAUUUGGAGUUUUCUGAAUAAGCGGCCGCAUACAAGAGGUUAGAAAAUUUGCAUAAUACACGCCCAAACCAGCUCUAUAUAAGGGCUUUCCACAACGAAGCACUUUUUUUCAGAGAAAAAAUUUGAUACAUCAAUGAAGCAAAACUUGUUACAAAUUAUUCAUUAUCAUUAAAGUUUGAUUACUUUUUUGAGUUGGGAUGAUUUGCUGUCGGUGGAGUAGCAGGUGUGCUGUAUAUAUUGGUAAAAGGAAGUACAGGAUGCGAUUAUAAAGGAGGUUAAUAUAGCUUCACCACCAGAGACGCACAUCUGUAUCUGAUAUAAAACAGACAGGGGGAUCAAGUGAUUGACUUUGUACUUUUUAUUACAUUUACAUUACAUUUACUCUCUAAUAGAGAUUUAAAAAUAUGAGGAAGCAAAGCUUGAAGGAUUGUCAUUACGUGCAUCUUCUUUUUCUUCUUUGUAGAAAUUAAUAAUAGAAUAUAUAUGUAUGUAUAAUAUAAAACAUAUAUAAUAUUAUAUUAUAUAUCAAUUAUUAUAAUUAUAUUAUUUGAUUAUAUCGUGAUUUUUUUCUAGCCUACGUGUGUUACAAAUAUUUUUUCGCAAGUUUAAGUACGAAAGUUUUUGUUGAAUCAUGAUUUAUUUCAUGAAAACAUCUGUCGCACAUUUCACACAAACAGAGAUUUAUCUGUACGUAUGCUUAGUGAACAAGACCCAUUUUCUACAAAAAAAAGACUUGAAAGGGAAAGUGGCAAUUUUAAUAGCAACAUUCAGACAUUUUACAAUUUAUUGAUUAAAUUAAAAAAGUGUUCUUAAGAGUGCUUAGUUAUAUAAAGGAAUAUUUUCAUUUCAAGCACUUUUGUUUGUCAUUUAGUUUUUGAAAUGUGUUGCUUUUCUUUCCAUGAAAAUGUAUUCACUUUUCCCAUUGCCUAUUUUUUUUCUUUGACAGAAAUCUGUAUAUUAUAGUAGGUGAAGAGCAUGCACUUAUGAGAUAUAGAGGUUAUCAAAGGUAAAGGGAUAGUUGUUCCAAACCCAACACAAAUGAAGAUAUUUUCAAAACAGAUCUGGGGCACCAUUCACUUCCAUAGUAUUAUUUUUUUCUUCUAUUGAAGUCAAUGGUGCCCCACACCUGCUUGGUUACAAACAUUCUUUAAAAUAUCUUCUUUAUUGUAUUUAGCAGAUUUUUUGUAUAAAAGUUUGGAACAACAUAAGCAUGACAAAAUUUAAUUUUUUGCUAAACUAUCACUUUAAGAAAUGUACGAUCCAGUUUGCUCAGGAUGGUGCUUGCAAUUUUUCUGUCAUCAGAUCUUUUUCUUCCUUUUCCGUAUUGUUUUAAAGUUGACAUGUGCAUCUUUAGCAGCAACAGCACUUUUUUUUUCAACAUGAUUAUUGAACUUAUAAAUAUUUGUUAAAUUUUAUUUGAAUUUUAACAUGUGGUCAUAUAUGAGGUCGAGCAUACUUAACAUUAGUAAGUUUGAUCAUUGGACACAUCUUGAGAUGUGCCUUUUAAGACACCAGCUCAAACACCUUAAUACGAUCUGUUUUCAAGCUGAACCUGGAGGUAUGUAGGUCUGGAAAAACCUGUAUGAG